CUAGUGAACAUUUAUUUACAAACACUCUCUCACAUAUGAGAGAGAGAGAGAGAGAGAGAGAGAGAGAGAGAGAGAGAGAGAGGAGGCGUGGUGGUAACUUUCAUUUGUGAUUAAUUACCAGUCAUUUUCUGGGUUCCCUUUUCUUCAAUAUUGGGCGUGUAAGUGCUAGCUAGGGGGGGGAGGGGCUAAAUAAAGCUAGCUAUUAAGGGGCCUCUGUGAUUUCUUCCAUCGUGAAGUUUGUUCUUUGCCAGUAAUGGUGAUGGUUUGUUUGUUCUGUCUCUGCUCCUUUCGUUGUUGGCACUGAAUGCAACGACAUGGGCAUUACUGUCAUUAAAAGGAAGAGAGGGGUUUCAACUCUGCAUCUUCUUCUUCUCCUUCUCCAUUUCCUCUCCUCCUCUGCCAUUUUCUCUGGAAAACUAGUUGUGGGUUUGAAUUACACCAAGCAUACGAGGAGAGUUGGAAGCUUGAGACUCUCCAGGAUUCAGAGGCACUUGGAGAAGAUCAACAAGCCUCCUGUCUUCACCAUUGAGAGCCCAGAUGGAGAUGUUAUCGAUUGUGUUCAUAAGAGAAAACAGCCAGCUUUGGAUCACCCUCUCCUCAAGAAUCACAAGAUCCAGAGACAUCCACCAGAAAGGCCUAAAUCAAAAACAUUGAAGAGAGAGGAGGAAAAUGGCUCCAACAACACAACUAGAGAGGGGAUGGUUGCAUGGCAGACGUGGCACCAAAAGGGGGAGAGGUGUCCGAAGGGGACGGUGCCGAUACGGCGGAGCACGGUGGACGAUGUGCUGAGGGCCAAGUCCUUGUAUGACUUUGGGAAGAAGCAAGUGAAAACACCAUUAAUUAAAAAUGGUGGUGGCAGGCAAAUUAAUGCACCAGAUGUGGUUAGUGGUAAUGGCCAUGAGCAUGCGAUAGCGUACACGGGAGCCUCGCAAGAGGUGUACGGGGCUAAAGCGACAAUAAACGUGUGGGACCCAUCCAUAGAAGAAGUCAACGAGUUCAGCCUCUCCCAGAUUUGGGUGCUCUCGGGAUCGUUCGAUGGCUCAGAUCUCAACAGCAUCGAAGCUGGCUGGCAGGUUAGUCCGGAGCUUUAUGGUGACAGCAGGCCCAGAUUAUUCACUUAUUGGACGAGUGAUUCAUACCAAGCAACAGGGUGCUACAACCUUCUCUGCUCAGGGUUUAUCCAGACCAACAGUAAGAUUGCCAUUGGGGCUGCCAUUUCUCCUGUGUCCUCACUUUCAGGCAGCCAAUUCGACAUCACAAUCCUCAUUUGGAAGGAUCCAAAACUUGGGAAUUGGUGGAUGAGCUUUGGAGAGAGCACGCUAGUAGGAUAUUGGCCGGCGGAGCUGUUCACGCACCUAGAUGAUGGAGCCACCAUGGUGGAGUGGGGAGGAGAGGUGGUGAACUCACGGGCCAACAACCGACACACCACCACCCAAAUGGGCUCAGGCCAAUUUGCUGAACAAGGUUUUGGAAAAGCUAGUUACUUUCGAAAUCUCGAGGUUGUGGACUCGGACAACAGCCUCACCUCGGCCAAGGGCAUAUCGACCCUAGCCGAGAACGUCAACUGCUACGACAUCAAGAGUUUCUCCAACGGUGCAUGGGGCACCUACUUCUACUAUGGAGGGCCUGGGUACAACCCAAAAUGUCCAUGAUCACCCUAUAUAUAUGUUUCUAUAGAGAAUUCUUUUGUCAAAUCUUGGAAGUAAAAAAAUGCUAUUUCCACUCUUGUUUCUGCUACGUCCACGAAUUUAUUUUUUGGCGGGGCAUGUUCAUGACGUACGUGAACGUGAGGAAGGCAUGUACUCGGUAUAUAAGACCGAAGUUAGCAUCAAACAGGUAUGGAAAUAACAUUAUUUGGUA